CCCCUCCCCUCUUCCUCCCCGCACCCCUUGCUCAUCUCCAUCUCUGCUCUGUUUUCUUCUUCUUAUUCUCUUACCGAAGCCGAAGCCAUGCUUGUAAAGGCCUCUUCUUCUGCUCUCUCUCUUCUCUUGCCCUCCUUGGGGGUCUCUAAUGCUUUUCCGGCCGGCUUCAGCGGAUCCUUUGCCCCUCCGAGCUCCGUUUUGAGGUUUCCUCGGAGGAUGGCGAGGGAUGGGUCCGUCGUGGCCGUGGCCGACAGCCAGGCCGUCACCGGCGUCAUAUUCGAGCCCUUUGAGGAGCUGAAGCACGAGCAUUUCCUCGUGCCUCUCCUUCCUGACCAGUCCAUUGGUCGCCAGAAGUAUUCUGAUGAGUGUGAGGCUGCCAUCAACGAGCAGAUCAAUGUGGAGUACAAUGUUUCCUAUGUCUAUCAUGCCUUAUUCGCUUACUUUGAUCGGGAUAAUGUCGCGCUAAAAGGCUUCACUAAGUUUUUCAAAGAAUCAAGUGAAGAGGAACGGGAGCAUGCAGAGAAACUGAUGAUUUACCAAAACAAACGUGGAGGAAGAGUGAAGCUUCAAUCCAUUAUCAUGCCCUUAACUGAGUUUGAUCACCCUGAGAAAGGGGAUGCUUUGUAUGCAAUGGAGUUGGCUUUGUCUCUUGAGAAGCUGACGAACGAGAAGCUUCUCAACGUGCAUAGUGUGGCAGAAAGAUGCAACGAUCCUCAGAUGAUGGAAUACAUUGAGAGUGAAUUUCUUGGAGAGCAGGUAGAAGCCAUCAAGAAGAUCUCUGAAUAUGUCGCUCAGUUGAGAAGGGUUGGCAAAGGACAUGGCGUUUGGCAUUUUGAUCAGAUGCUUCUCCAUGAAGAAGAUGCUGCUGCAUGAGGUGCAAGAAAUGAAGUGUGUUUUAUUUAUUAGGUCUAGCCUGAUGUAAUGGUGGGGGGCUUUCCCUGCAUUAACAUUUGAGGUUAUAGGCUCUAUGUUUGCUGUCGAUGCAUAGAUGCUAUGUUUGCUGUCUAAUAAGAUCUUUAUGUAGUCUUCCCAACAAUAUUAUUCGCAAUCAAUCAUACUUUUCAGCAAGGAAUUUCUUUUCGGGUGUUAAAUCCACAAGCUGUGGACUUAUGUUUAAAUGUUAUGCUGGACUGGAACGUUUGUGGGAAGUUCUAAAUUUAAUAAAACUGAGUUGAAACA